AUGAAGAAUAUAUAUAGGAGGAAGAUUAGGGUUACAAAUUUUGGGAGGCAAAAGGGCAAAGUCGACAAGCCCCCACCCAUCCCAAAUUCAAAAUCUUUUCACCAAAAAUGGAAGAACACCUUUUUUUCUGGAAAAUCUGCCCCAUUCCGAAAGAAGGAAGGGAGAAUAGACGGUCUCGAUCAAUUCUUCUCAUCCUUGCUGAUUGACGUGGCGUCAUCUCGAGCCCAAAGGACGAAUUCGCGUGUUGCUACUGUGCUACUGGAACUUGUACGAAAUAAAGACGUUGAGGAAGCCGACGAAAACCAACGUGUCACAACAAAUUGGGCAGCAUUGGAUGCAUAUAAAGACAAGAAAACUGGAGAACUUUUGGGUCCUCAACAUUCGUUUAAUGUGGAGUUUGCUCAAGACAACAUGCAACAAAUAAGUGAUAGCCUUGAUUGCAAACUGUUCGUAGUUGUAUAUGCAGAAUUUCUGAGUGACAAAAUCAACAUGUCAUGUAAUAGUUUUGAGAGUAGCUAUCUUCGCAAAAGAUAUGCGAUACUUUUAUUGAAGCAUGGUCUCGACAAGAUGAAUGCUGGAUAUGUUAGCAACAGUGAUGACCCUUCAAGAAUGAAGAAUGUAUUAAACCCAUCAUCUGAAGAUGAAAUUGUUAAUGUAGGCUAGUUAGUUUUCAAUGUUUGAUU